GAAUAUUUCAAAGAUGUCGUACCAGAAAGUCUUUCGUCUAGCUUCUCAAGGCUCUCAUCACAACAUUCAGUCACAUUCUGAACCUAUUCCUACAAUUGACGCUCAUGAGAUCCUGGUUAAAAUCUGUGGCCUCGCUCUGAACUACCGAGACUUGGCUAUCACCAACGGCACAUAUCCUUUCCCGGUCAAAGAUAAUGUCAUCCCUUGCUCCGAUGCUGCCGGUGAGGUAGUGAAAGUUGGCUCCCGGGUCGACAACUUGAAAAUCGAAGACCGUGUCAUCGCAGGUUAUGACGGGACUAAUUUGUAAGGGCCGCAGAAAGACUGGGAUCAUGGGCAUGGAAGUCCCGUAGACGGAUUCCUGCGAGAAUAUGCAGUCUUGCCUGCAUAUUCUGUGAUAAAGGUUCCAGAUGGUGCGAGAUUGAGUUUUACGCAGAUAGCGGCAUUGCCGGGACAGACUGUUCUCUUCCAAGCAAAAGCUGCUGGUGCUCAAACAAUCAUUACUUCAUCUUCUGAUGAUAAGCUUACAAUUGUACAAAAAAAAUACCAUCCCGACCACGUUAUAAACUACAAAACCACGCCAAAUUGGGCAGAUGAAGCGAAACGUCUUAACGGCGGAGAAGGUGUAGACUACAUCUUUGAAAAUGGUGGUUCCGGCACCAUCGGUCAAAGCAUAGAGUGUACCAAGAUGGAAGGAAGUAUUGCCGUUAUUGGCUUCUUGUCCGCUGCAAAGCAGGAAGAUAUGCCGGAUGUAGCUGGGCUUGCGCUUUCCAAAGGAUGUUUCGUUAUAGGAAUCACCGUAGGGUCGAAGCAGUUGUUAAAGGAAUCGAUUAAUUUUAUUGUUUCCAAGGGAUUGCAACCUCCUGUGGAGAAGAGUUUUAAGUUAAGUGUAGAAGGAGUCACUGCGGCAUAUGAUUACAUACAAGGUGGAAGUCACAUUGGCAAGAUAUGCAUUGAUGUAGAUUAAAAUCGCUUGUAGAGUGUCUUUCGUGAGUGGGAAUGCAACAAGUUAUUCAUGUCUGAAGCGUAUAAUAUUAAGCCCAUACCCGUAGGACUUUGAUUUGCA